AUGAUUUUUGCGCAUGUUUUGGCUCCGAGGACAAACAGACACGCAGAGAACGAAGCGCUCGCGAAGCGAAGCUGGGAGAGCCGCGGCUGGUGCAGACUGGAGCGCGCCGCGGAGGGGCUCAGGCUCUCGGACCCCAUUGGGACUGGCUCAGGAUUCCCGUGGGUGAAGGCCAGUUCAGAAAGGUGUGUCAUGUUGGCCAACAAGCUGAACUACUUCCUACUGCAGGAGGACUUCUGCAACUACCGCAUCCUUCUGAACCUGCAGAGGCUGCAGCUCCGGGGCCUGGCAGCCACGCCCAAGGAGGACUUUGUGCCGGGCUUUGUUUCCGACACCAAAGACCCGGCGGUGUUGACCGUGGAGCGCUUCAUGUAUCAGAACGGCUUUCUUUCCAUCCGGGAGCCGGCCUCCGCGGGCUGGCCUCCGCUCUGCUAUGCGGCCCUGGAUGGCAGCCCUAUGCUCGUGGCGAGCCUUUUAGAGCAACGAGCCGAUGUGGACAGCUGCAGCACCAAGUACGACAAGCUCUUCAACUUCCCUUCGAGGAUGAGCGCCCUGUCGAUCUGCGCGGCGCUGAUGAACAACGACGCCUGCCGGGUGCUGAUCGAAGCCAGGGCAGAUCUUCAUGCGGAGGAUGACUUGAAGCACAACGCCACGCACUGGGCUGCGCUGGCAGGGAAUGCCGAAGGGCUUCAGCUCCUUUGCGAGCAUAGCCCAGAGACAGCACUCUCUCCGAACAUGCUGGGCUUCUUGGCUUUCGGCAGCGCAUGCAUGGCCGGUUCGGUGGAGGCCACCAGCUUCUUGCGGGGCUACACCCCGCCAUCGGAGAUCGCUGGCAGUCUCCAUGUGACCAUCCUCUGUGGCAGGGGAUCGGAAGAGGUGGUGGCGAAGCUCAUUGAUGCCAACGCAGACAUGGAUUUCCGGCUUCAGACGCCUCUCCUGAGCCCUUUGGGCUUACUUUUCGCUUGCAUGGGGCUGCGACAUCGCUGGCGGGCGAGCACUCUGAGCACCUAUGCCUACCACCACGAGAAUGCCACGCCCCUGAUGUGCAGCAUCAUCACGAGUUCGUUCGAGACCGCGGCAGCGCUCGUAGCGGCAGGGGCGCGAACGGAUCUUCGAAACUCUCGUGGCUGCUCUGCGGCCGACCUCGCAGCGGAGAUGGGAGCGCCGGACUUCGUCAGGGAGGCGCUUCUGGGCCCGGGGCCAGCGCGUGAGAAGCUGGUGCAGACCUACGUGUUUCACGGGCUGAGGCGAGUCCCCAUGUGA